AUGGCAUCCACCCCCGAAAUUACCCGGAUUUCUCGAAAGCCAAAUGAUCUUGCGUCAACCACCGAAUCUCAAAAGGUUGACACGGAGGAUAUCAACAAAAAUGGCGAAGAUUUAGGUACGAGGUAUGACCAGGGCGACAUGGCCCGCAUGGGUAAAAUCCAAGAACUCAAGAGAAACUUUCGUCCUUUGGCUGCGCUAAGUUUUGCAUCGGUGCUCCAGGCGACAUGGGAAUUUAUACUGAUAGGGCAUACCGAAGCUCUUGUGAACGGUGGAAUGGCAGGCCUGUUUUGGUCAUAUACAUGGACAUUCGCUGGAUUCGGAUUGAUUAUUCUCACUAUGUCCCCUACCUCCGGUGGGCAGUAUCACUGGGUGUCCGAGCUUGCAUCUCCCAAUUAUCAACGGGCUUUGAGUUAUGUUACUGGGUGGAUGUCAGUACUGGCGUGGCAAGCUGGCGCAGCGUCAGGCUCAUUCCUGACUGGCACCAUCAUCCAGGGUCUAAUCAGUGUGCGAGAUCCUGACUUUGAGUCCAAGGAUUGGCAGGGCACGUUGUUCGUUUUUGCAAUGAUCCUGGCCAUCUACUACUUCAAUGUCUAUGCUUCCAGUUGGAUGCCCCGCAUUCAGAACUUGCUGUUGGCAUUACAUAUUCUCUGCUUCGUGAUAGUUAUCACCGUCCUGUGGGCGAUGGCCCCACGGCAGCCAGCAAGGGCAGUGUUUCUGGAAUUCAGCAACACUGGCGGAUGGUCCAGUAUGGGACUGGCCCUGAUGGUUGGUCAGAUUUCGGCCAUCUACGCUGGGCUCAGCUCCGACGCCACAGCACAUAUGUCCGAGGAGGUCCGCGAUGCCGGUAGAUACGUACCGAUGGCCAUUGCUUGGGGCUUCUUCACCAAUGGUGCUAUGGGCUUCAUGCUGGUGAUCACCUAUUUAUUUGCCAUGCCAUCACUGGAGGAUGCCCUACAGGACCCCACAAAUUUCCCGUUUAUCUACGUCUUUAAGAAUGCAGUGGGCACCGCCGGAGUCAAUGGCCUAACGGCUAUUAUCCUCAUACCGGUCAUAUUCAGCAAUAUUCUGUUUAAUGCGUCAGCAGCCCGUCAGACGUACGCGUUCGCCCGUGACAGAGGGCUGCCAUUUGCCAGGUGGAUCUGCAAAGUAAAUCCAAAGCGGAAGCUCCCCGUGAACGCUAUCGGACUAUCCUGUGGAAUCAGCGGUCUCCUGGCCCUGAUCAAUAUAGGCUCCAAAACGGCCUUUCAUGCGAUCAUUUCUCUGAAUGUGGCAGCACUCAUGUGGACGUAUGUGAUAUCCAUCGGCUGUCUACUGUAUCGCAGGCUGAGUUGCCCCGAGACACUGCCUCCGCAGCGGUGGAGCUUGGGAAAGUAUGGAGUCGGGGUCAAUGCGGCAGCGCUAGUCUACGUGAUAUUCGCCUUUUUCUUCUCAUUUUGGCCCAGCAGCACUCCUGUUUCCCUCACUACCUUCAACUGGAGUGUUGUCAUAUUUUCGUCCGUCUUAAUCAUUAGUGUAAUCAUGUACAUUAUCAAGGGACACAAGGAAUAUGCAGGACCGGUGACAUCCGUGAGACGGGAUGGAAUGCCACAGGCUAGAGCUAACUGA